AUGGAGGGCGUUCCCCCUGCCAAGCGUGCGGUCUUCAUAGUUGGAGAGUACAACUUGCCGGAGUCGGCAGCACCUCUGCAGGGUGGACCUCUUUCGGAGGCAUUAUCAUGUGCUGAUGUUGCUUACUUCCCAACUGGAUGCUCUUUGGCCGACACCAGCAAUGUGACUGGUGUCGGAAAUUUCAUGGCCCACUGCUCGUACUACCCCGUCAUAAGGGAAAAGGAUACGAUUUCCGAGAGAGUUCCACCAUCAACGCUUGAGACCGUCAAGGAACGCUUGGAUCGGCUUCCUGAUCUCGUGGAGCAGUGCCGAGGUUCAACUCUGGCCACAUCAUUUAAGCAGUCUAUAGCGACAAUGACGAAUGCAACCUUCCGUAAGACUUUGCUCAAAGUCUUUUACGAAGGACUGCAGGCCAUCAACCCCAACUGGUGCACUUCUACAGGUCAGCCGAACUUGGACACUUACUUUCGACGAAAAUGGGGAACACGCAAGCCGAUUUUUGGCCUCGAGGACAUCAGCGUCGAGUGCCAGGCAUUUCAAGGGCACACCGUGCAGGAAGACGAAGAACUUGCAGAGUGGAUGGCUGUGCACCUCACACCGGAGUGGGCGAAAAAGGUGAGCGCCAUCGAGGGAGGUAUGUACGAAGCCUUCAAAUGUGGCAAUUUGGGGAAGCUGGACGAAUUACUGGUCGAGCUGAAGGAUCUGCCAUUGGCCAGCCAGAGACACCUUCAGUACAGGAACGACAAUUUGAAUUUCGGCAUCAAGCAAGCAAUGGCGGCGAACCCUGGAAAGAACAUGCUCUUCGUCAUCCCGCUGUCGCACUUGGUCGAUGCUGCGAACAGAACAGGAAUCCUUACCUUGCUGAAACAGGACAGCAUCGAUGCGAUCAGGCAGCAUGUGGCUUCUGGCUGUCAGGAUUCUAUGUGGCAAGCGCCGGGAGCAGCGGCUUUGGAUCACUGUCUCAAGCCGCCUGCGCAGUCGCAGCCGCCUUCGUGCAUUCAGUUCGAGAAACAGUUUGGCGACAUUCUCGGGAAGGAUGUACUGCAUGGAAGGAAAGUCGCACCCGGCCCGCAUUGCACCGCCUGCGUGAACUCCAGUGAAUCAUGCAACUGUCAGAUGCAGUGGUCCAACUACGACAAUUUCGUGAACUUGUGUGAAAGCACCCAAGUUGACGGGUCACAUGGGCGUGUGUAUUAUUUGGACAUGAUCCGAAAUCCCGGCUCCACCAGAGAGGGGACAGCUUUGGCAGAGAAGACCGUUGCUGGUCUAUAUCAGAACUGCUAUGCAAGCAGUUGUGAAAUUCCUAUCAUCCAGCAAAUGGCUACAAGAAACUGGUACAAGAACGAUCCGUACCUGGAUCUUGGCUCCGUCACAGUCAGGAAACUGGAUCAGCCCUUCGGCGAAGCAGCAGCUGUAACCGCAGGUGGCCUGCUCUGGUGGCCGUGGCUCAUCGUCGCCGCGUGUGUGGCUCUUUGCGUCCUCUGCUUGGUGAGGUGGUUUCGCAUGCCUAAGCGGACUCCGAGUAUGCGGAAGUCGAACCGUUGGGAGGAGGAAGAUGACAUCAGCCUCAAGGGAGACAUGGCCGAGAUGCAGCCCCUGAAACAGCAAGCCAUGCCGCCUCCCAUGGCGCCUAUGCCACCCAUACCCAUGCGAGCUGGAGAUGGGAGCUGGGCGAUGUCGGACAAGCCACGAAUUGUCAGAGAUGUGCAGGAUUUGCCAACCCUGCCGACGGAUGUAGACAUACAGAUGCCCGAUAUGCAACAGUUUGCAGGGUCCUCGUUGCCGAGACACCAGCGGGUCAUUAGCCAGACACGAGGUCCCGCCAUACCAGCUGUGCCCCAAGUGGUUCCGGUUCCUUCGCCGGUUCCCGUCCAGCAGUACUCCCUUCCUCUGCAGAGCAACAACAGAGCAGCGGUGCAGCUGCCAAAUGUGUACUCCGGAAGUCCCACGGCCGGCACCAGCUUGCAGGGCUACCAGGGAAGCAUUGGGAUGCCUGGUGCACAGGUUGCAUCCGGAGCGCAAGUAAUGUCAGUGGCGCCGGUGCCGGCUGGUGACGGAUCCUUGCUGGCCUUGUCGCAGCAAAUGGCUUCUCAAAUUGAGACCUCCGGAGCGGAGGCGAUUCGAAGCUUGCGGCACGGUCAGUACCCCGCCGUGAGUGUCGCGAGCGGGUCGCAGCAGCCGUCGUACAUUCCAAUGCAGACACCUCUUUCUACACCUUUGUACCAGCCUGUUGCACAGGUGCCACCGUACCAAUAUCGUUGA